CAUUAAUAGGAGGGCUCAUCAAAAGGGAAGGCGAGGCUAAAAGUAAUAAAAGAGAUAGCAGGUUACAAAAGUAUCAUUUGCAUAUACUGUACGUAUGCGUAGCAAUGUUUUACACAACGUGGUCAUUUUAACCAAGCCAUUGGCGUCCUAUUCAAAAUCUCGCGAACUUUGAUCUCCGCCAGUGACGCUUCUGAUCACAUGACUCGUGAAAGGGCCGACAGGAAGAUGGCGGGCAGCGCAAGAGUAGGAUGGGCGGGGAACUUGACAAGGAGGCGGUGAGGAGCUCAGGUAGCCAUGGAACACAUAUCUACUCCGAAGGUGGAGAAUGUAAAGCUGUUUGACCGCUACACAAAUAAGAGACCUGCCGUUGGGACUUUGUAUUUAACAGCAACUCACCUCAUUUAUGUGGAAUCUGGAGUUGGAGCCCGUAAGGAAACAUGGAUUCCACAUCACCACAUUUCCUUAGUGGAGAAGCUGGCACUUAACACCACUGGUUGUCCUCUUGUAAUUCGUUGCAAGAAUUUUCGAGUGGCGCAUUUUGUCAUCCAGCGAGAAAGAGAUUGCCAUAAAGUGUACACGUCGUUGCUCAAGCUUUCCCAACCAGCAAAAUAUGAAGACUUGUAUGCAUUUGCAUACAAUCCUACCCCAGACAAAGCUGAUCGGGCUGUGGGGUGGAAACAAGUUGCCCUGGAGGUGGAAUUCCUUCGAAUGGGCAUCCCUAAUGAGUUCUGGACACUGACUGACCUUAAUAAGGAUUAUAAGGUUUGUAGCACCUAUCCAACCUGUCUUGUUGUACCAAAGGAAGCUACUGAAGCUACAAUUCUUGGGAGUUCCAAGUUCAGAAGCAGAGGGCGGUUUCCUGUGCUGUCGUAUUAUUUCAAAGAUAACAAUGCUGUGAUUUGUAGGUGUAGCCAACCUUUGUCCGGCUUUAGUACUCGCUGCGAGGAGGAUGAGAAAAUGCUGGAGACAAUCGGCAAGGCCAACCCCGGAAGUCCCUUCAUGUAUGUUGUAGACACAAGGCCCAAGUUGAAUGCAAUGGCUAACAGAGCUGCGGGGAAAGGCUACGAGAAUGAAGACAAUUAUCCUAACAUUCGAUUUAAGUUUAUUGGGAUUGAAAACAUUCAUGUUAUGCGCAACAGCCUUCAAAAACUGUUAGAAGUGUGUGAAAUGAAAAGUCCCUCCAUGAGCAAUUUUCUGACUGUCCUUGAGAACUCUGGAUGGUUACGGCAUAUUAAAGCUGUGAUGGACGCCGGUGUUUUCCUGGCAAAGGCAGUGGAAGACGAGAAUGCAAGUGUGUUGGUUCACUGUUCUGAUGGUUGGGACCGAACAGCUCAGGUGUGCUCACUAGCCAGCAUUCUGUUGGAUCCUUUCUACAGGACUGUCAAAGGAUUUAUGUUUCUUGUAGAAAAGGAGUGGAUAUCUUUGGGACACAAGUUUACUCAAAGAUGUGGCCACUUAGACGUGGAUCCCAAAGAGGUUUCACCUGUAUUUACGCAGUUUAUUGAGUGUGUGUGGCACCUCACUGAGCAGUUUCCCUGUGCCUUCGAGUUCAACGAGAGGUUCCUACUGGAGAUCCAUGACCAUAUUUUCUCCUGUCAGUUUGGCAACUUUCUUGGAAAUUCCCAGAAGGAACGUGAAGAACUAAAGAUCUUUGAAAGGACUCAUUCUCUGUGGCCAUUCCUCUUGCACCGGAAACAAGAGUUUGUGAACCCCUUAUAUGCACACACGGCCUACAAAACACUUCGGCCAAUCACUUUACCAUUUACCUUCAAAUUCUGGUGUGGAAUGUACAACCGCUUUGACAAAGGAAUGCACCCCAGGCAGUGUGUCUUGGAUUACCUGCUAGAAUGCAUGAAAAAGAAAGCCACACUGGAGAAAAGUGAGAUGGAGUUGGAAAAUAAACUUGCUGCACAGGACAUCCCUGAAAAAGGACCCUGUAUAUCAUCCAUGCACUUACAGAUUGUACCUACAACUGAUGAAAUACCAAAUAAAGACAUUCCAGAACUCUCUAAAGAAGAGACCAAGGCACAGCUCUCAAAUGGAUCCAUGACAGAUAGUGUCAGUCAUUUAUUUGAGACCGUGGAGAACAAACAGUCAGUAGCCAAUGGUCAUAAUGUUACUGGAGAAGAGGACAGGACUUCCACUUGUAACCUUUUACCUUCAACUGGGAAAUUAGGCACUGGCACUAUCAUUACUCAGUCUGGAUCAUCACAGGAGAUUUGAAUAGGUCUACCAACUGUCCUUACCGUGAGUUAUAUCCAUUAAAAUCCCACAGGACAGACACGAUGCAUGUAUACAUCUUAGCAUAUCAUUUAGCUAAGAGUUCUAAAGGCCAAGUGUGGCUGAAAUACAACAGUCUAGUCAUCUGCUGACGUAUCUUAUCUGGACCAAGAUCUCCUCCUCAUAUAGUAUUUGUGAGCCAUCUAAAAGGCAUAUUCUUCCAGGAUAAGCUCUAAGAAAAGGGGAAAAAAUUAUAGCAGAAUGAUAUGCAAAUACUAAUGGACUCCAGUGUUUGCCUUUGGCAUUAAAAUGAUUAAGAAUGAGGUGGAGGAUUGCAAGACGACAGCAGAUGCUCCUAAGGUGUGGGGUUAUUAUAGAUGCCUUUCAUUACAAACAAAAUGUGCCUGUAAUAGGUUUAUAAAAUACUGAGCUAACAUUUCAUGCCAUGUUAAUUGUUAACAUAUAUGCUUUCUGUAGCCAAGUUUAUUGCUAAAAUGGAUGACAGUGGGGUUUUUUUUAUUCAGUAUAAUUUAAAGCCACUGGGCAAGGUUUUUUCUGAGAAUAAAGUAGGGAUAUUAGUGUUCUUGGAAAUCUGUUGCUAAAUAACUUCUUUUUCACUUUU